AUAUAACAAAUAUACAACAGAAAAAUAUACAUAUAACAGAAAAUAUCUUUGCAGCGACUGGUAACACUGGUCGCCAAAAUGUCGUUGACUUCGCAAUUUGUGCAAAAUUUGAAACGCUUUCGCCUGGUGACAUUCGACGUUACGGACACCCUGCUCCGCCUGGAGGAGCCAAUGCGACACUACCAGAAAACAGCGGAGGAAUGCGGCGUCCCUGGCGUGGACCGUGGCCAGCUGGAGCGCUGCUUUCGCCAGCAGUUCUCGGCCAUGAGCCGCGAGCACCCGAACUUUGGGCGCCAGUCGCCGGAUAUGAUGGACUGGCAGCAGUGGUGGAUGCACUUGGUGUCGCGCACCUUUGCCUGCACCGAUGACAGACUCGAGGCGGAGCAGCUGGAGAGGAUUGGUCGUCGUCUGAUUGCCCUUUUCCGUACAAACGUCUGCUGGCGACACAUCGAGGGUGGCCAGGAGCUGGUGAAGCGCGUCCGGGCGGCCGGCAAAUCUGUGGGCGUCAUCUCAAACUUUGAUCCAUCGCUGCCGCAGGUUCUGGCCGCCAUGGGUUAUGCCGGCAAGUUUGACUUUGUGCUGACCUCCUACGAGGCUGGCGUCAUGAAGCCGGAUAGCCGCAUCUUCCACAUGGCCCUGCAGCGGUUAGGCCUCCAGGCGGAGCAGGCUCUGCACAUAGGCAACAAGCUGGACAUGGACUAUGCGGGCGCACGCAAUAGUGGCUGGAGUGGACUGCUGGUGGACGAGGCGGGGAAGGCGGCCGGCGACAGCAGGCACACCUUUGGUAGCCUGUCCUCGUUGGUGAAGGCCCUGGACAACCAGGAGAUCCAGUGGUGAAACGAGUCUACCUCUUCAACUUGCACGUGGCUGUUUUUUAUUUUUAUUUUUUAUUAAAUGUAGAUUUUUUUUGUUUACGAAUAAGAAACAAAACAGACGUUUAAAUCGUUAA